AUGGCUUAUGUCGUGCCAAUCCAUCGCGCGAGCAGCAUUCGCCAUGCCGUGAAGCUGAACUUCGUGCAGCCCGAAGAGGACUGCUUGGUGGCUGCGAAAGCAAACCGACUCGAAUUCUACAACCUCACUCCCGAUGGCCUGGUCCUAGCAGCCUCGCAUACUAUCUAUGCGCGCGUGACCAUGCUGGCUCGCCUACCCGCACCGGCGAACUCAACCACCGACCACCUCUUCGUCGGCACGGACCAAUACAACUACUUUACACUAGCGUGGGAUAGCGAGACGAACCGGAUCCGAACAGCACGGAGCUAUGUCGACAUUACGGAGCCGUCGUCCCGAGAGUCGCAAUCCGCAGCCCGGUGUCUCAUCGACCCGAGCGGACGAUUCAUGACCCUAGAGAUAUACGAAGGUGUGGUAGUAGUCGUGCCGAUUGUACAGCUGCCAGCUAGGAGACGCGGACAGACGCACGCCGCCCCGGGUCCCGAUGCUCCCCAGAUCGGGGAACUGGGCGAGCCGACUACAUCGCGCAUCGACGAGCUGAAGGUGCGCUCGUCGGCUUUCCUUCAUUCGGAAUCGGCAAACCCGCCGUUUCUGGCGCUGCUCUACGAGGAUAACCAGCGCAAGGUGCGCCUAAGGAUCCGGGAGUUGGAGUACAGUCCGGCUACGAAGAGCAACCUCGCGGAGGCGACGUUCAAGGAGGUCACGGAUAAGAGGUUGGAUGGGGGUGUGUUUGCGUAUGAACUUGACUUUGGGUCAUCGCAUCUGAUCCCAAUCCCUGCACCGCUUGGUGGCCUCAUUGUUCUUGGCGAGACGUCAAUCAAGUAUAUUGAUGACAACAAAAACGACAUGAUCUCCCGAUCGCUUGAGGAAGCGACCAUCUUCGUCGCAUGGGAGAAGGUGGACAGCCAGCGGUGGCUGCUGGCCGAUGAUUACGGCAGAUUGUUCUUUCUGAUGUUCGUUCUCAACGCCCAGGGCAACGUUGAAGACUGGAAACUCGACUAUCUUGGUCGCACAUCUCGCGCAUCAGUGCUUGUAUAUCUCGGCGGAGGUAUUCUCUUCGUGGGUUCGCACCAAGGCGACACCCAAGUCCUCCGGAUCGAGAACGGCUCGUUCACAGUCAUCCAAACCUUGUCCAACAUUGCGCCAAUCUUGGACUUCACCGUCAUGGACCUUGGCAACCGGACGAGCGAGAGCCAGACCCAUGAGUUUUCGUCAGGCCAGGCGCGGAUCGUAGCCGGGUCUGGGGCCUUUGAUGAUGGCACCCUGCGAAGCAUGCGGAGUGGUGUUGGUAUGGAAGAGCUGGGUGUUUUGGGCGAAAUGGAUCACAUCACCGACCUCUUUGGCCUCCAAACACAGAGCAAAGGCGACCUCAUGGAUACUUUACUGGUGACAUUUGUGGACGAGACGCGAGUGUUUCACUUCAGUCCUGAUGGCGAGGUGGAGGAGUUGAACGAGUUUUUAGGCCUGAGCUUCGAAGAAAACACCCUCCUUGCCGCUAAUCUGCCCGGCGGACGGAUCCUGCAAGUCACCGAACGACAGGUGAUCGUGGCCGAUAUCGAGAGUGGCAUGAUCAAUUUCCAAUGGACGCCUCCAAUCCAGAAGGCGCUCACAGCCGCUUCGGCGAACGAUGACCAUCUGGUUGUUGUUAUCAGUGGCCAAAUUCUGGCAUCGUUUGAUAUUCGGGGUAACGGGCAGCUCAUCACUAAGAAAGACAUGGGUGCGGACCACCAAGUUUCGGGCGUCACGGUGCCAUCCACCCCGGCAGGAGUGUGUAUCGCUGGAUUCCCACAAUCGGCUCAAGUGUCUGUUCUGGCCAUUCAAGAUCUGGCGGAGCUGCAGACUCAGUCCGUGGGCCCUGCGGGCGAAGCAUUUCCGCGUUCUGUCCUGGUGGCGGACGUGCUGGCGAACAGCCCGCCAACACUCUUCAUUUCCAUGGCGGAUGGCAGCGUCGUCACCUUCACAUUAAACCCCCGAGACUUUUCACUGACCGGCAUGAAUAAGCUAAUUCUUGGUUCUGAACAACCAACCUUCAAGAAGCUUCCGCGAGGCGACGGGCUCUUCAACGUUUUUGCGACCUGCGAGAACCCUAGUCUCAUCUACGGUUCUGAUGGGCGCAUCAUCUACUCCGCAGUGAACUCUGAAGGUGCAUCCCGGAUCUGCCAGUUGAACGCGGAGGCAUACCCGGAGUCUGUCGCUGUCGCCACGGCGAAUGAGCUGAAGAUUGCAUUGGUGGAUAAGGAGCGUACCACACAGAUCCAAACUCUGCCGAUGGAAGCGACGGUGCGCCGAGUGGCCUAUUCCCCAUCCGAGAAGGCAUUCGGAAUAGGUACGAUUGACCGCAAGCUCGAGGAUGGAAUGGAGAUUGUCAAGAGCCACUUUGUGCUGGCAGACGAGAUCCUGUUCCGGCGGCUGGAUGCAAUUGAGUUGGAGCCCGAAGAGCUGGUAGAGAGUGUCAUCCGAGCCGAGUUCCCAGCUGGCAAAGAUGAAACGGGUCGAGACUUGGUCAAGGACCGGUUCAUCGUCGGCACGGCGUACCUGUCUGAGGAGGUCGAGGAUUCCAUCCGCGGACGGAUUUUGGUGCUCGAAGUCGACCACGGGCGCAAGCUCACCAAGGUCGCCGAGCUGCCGGUCAAAGGUGCAUGUCGGGCACUGGCCAUGAUGGGUGACCGUCUCGUUGCGGCGCUCGUCAAGACCGUGGUCGUGUACAAGGUCAUCAGCAACAAUUUUGACGAAAUGAAACUCGAGAAGCAAGCUUCUUACCGCACAUCGACGGCGCCGAUGGAUAUCACAGUCUCAGGCGAGCAGAUCGCCGUUGCCGAUCUCAUGAAGAGCGCUACGACAGCCCGCCACUACCAGACCGUGUGGUCCACAGCCAUCGCCUUUGUGGAGAAGGGCACUUUGCUGGAGAGUGAUGCACAGGGCAAUCUCAUUGUGCUGUCGCGGGAUGACGAGGAAGUCCUGACAGUAGACCAGCGUCGACUGAGGCCCACCAGUGAAAUCUCGCUGGGCGAGAUGGUCAAUCGGAUCCGGCCGGUGAAUAUCCCCAAGCUGGAGAAUGUGGUGGUGACUCCCCGGGCGUUUGUGGCAACGGUCGAAGGAUCCAUCCAUCUAUUCGCUCUCAUCGACUCCAAGUACCAAAACUUCCUCAUGUCCCUCCAGGACGUGAUGGCCCGCCACGUCGACUCGCUGGGCGAUCUGCCGUUUGAAAAAUUCCGGGCUUUCCACAACGAAGUGCGCUCCUCCGACAAACCGUACCGUUUCGUGGACGGCGAGCUCAUCGAGCAGUUCCUGAACUGCGAUUCCGCUGAGCAGGAGGAGAUCCUGGCCGAGGUGGGCUCUGAUGUUGGUGACCUUGGCACUCUGGAUGUGGAGGAAGUGAAGAAGAUGAUAGAGGCGUUGCGGCGCCUGCACUGA